CUUAGCUUACCCGUUUCAACUCGUUUUUCAAAUAACUUGGAGAAUUCCGCCUCCCUUCUUGAUUCCCCCCCUCUGGCCUCCCUCGAAUUCAUCGACACUCCGGAGAAGAAGAAGAAAAAUACCCCUCUUUCAAUAAUUCUUCUCAUCUUCUUUUUCGGAUCCUAAAUGUCACACUUAAAACAGUUACGACAUUACUCUGCUUCCCGGUGAUGGAAUUGGUCCUGAAGUUGUCUCUGUUGCUAAACAAGUUCUUAACUUAGCAGUUCCUCUUAAAGGCGGAAGACAAGAUUACAUAUUGCACAGUUGGUGAAAGAUACUUCAACUGAACCCAGAGAAGCCAGAGACACAGAUCAGUGUACUGAAAUUAGUAAAUAUGCAAUACUCAAAAGCUACUGAAGGGACAAAGAAAUGACGCUAAAUCGGUACAGCCUUAAUAGUAGUACACAACACUUUAGAAGUUUGAAAGAAUGGCCACCGAGCCCAUCAGUCAUGCACCACUGUCCACGUAUGGGCCUCGAGUGCUUUGAGGCUCUCAAAGAUCAUUCAGUGAAUAGUUCUUAUUUGUUGGCAAACGCAAUUCUCAAUUUCUAUGACAAAGAUGGUGUAUUCAAGAUAAAUGAUGAGGUUAGCAUUUUUUACGGGCUUCAAGAUCAUUUUUUCAUCACUGGUUUGCCAAUUAGUGGUAAACCAGUAUUUGCCCCUCCAGCGGAGAAUGUCGAUAAACUUUUUGCUAGAUUAUUUGGCGAUGCUUUUCCAGAAGACACACGAGUUGAAAUACUGAAUGACGGCUUAAUCACGAAAGACAACAGAGGUCCAAGCCGGAAAAGAGGAGUUAAAGUUGCUUGGUUGGUGAAACAUUUUAAAAAUAAAGGGAAUAAGAUAGGUGAUGCGUUUUGGAAGGAGCAUGAGAGAGCAUAUAUGCUUUUCCUUAUCUACCAUUAUAUGAUCCCCGAAAUAGAAGUAGGUGUCGUCUCACAUAAAUAUUUGCCGUUACUUGAAGAUGUGUCCACAAACCAAGAUUAUGCAUGGGGUGCUGCUUCGUAUGUAAAUACAAUUCGCGAACUCGGGCGGAUAGAGCCUGCAACAAAAACAUUUCAGGGCCUGUUAUACCCACUUGACCUUUUCUUUUUGGGGCGGAUUCCCAGACUUCUUGCCGCUGUUUCUAAAUGGCCUUCUAAUUCAUUGGAUGUUGAGGGAACCAAACCUUUUGAAAUUUCGAAGACAUUCCCUCUUAUGUUAGAUUGGAUGCGUCUCACGGGUACAAAUCUUAAUACCCCUGGCCUACUUUCAAAAUUUCUAAAGAUACUGAGUAGAGUAAAGCUGGAUGAUGUGAGAUGGAAGCCGUAUGAAUCUCUUACAGUUCCAAUAAACUACUGCAAAAAGUAUCAAAUAACGGAAGCUCGCAGAAUACCGUUGAUCUGCUUCCACUUAAUGUGCUACCACCGGCCGGAUUUAUCUGAUCGGCAAUUCAGAUCGGUAGCUUUUAGUGAUUUGGGUAAUCUAAUUGUCUUCAAACCUGUUAGUGAUCGCAAAGCAUUGGAUAAAAAUGUACCAAAAGCACCAAAAAAGAACGCUGCCAGUUAUAAAGUGGUGUUGGACCUGUGGAAUCAAUUGCCGCAACCUGAAGAUCAACCUUCUAUGCCCCCAUCGGAAGAUCAACCUUCUAUGCCACCGUUGGAAGAUCAACCUUCUACGUCGGCAUCGGAAGAUCGACCUUUGUUUUCUGAAUUUGUUGGUCAAUCUGGGUCGCUGCUAUCCAUUGGUGGGCCAGUGGAAGAGCAAGUGGGGCAAGCCAAAGAUGCAAAUGAAUGCAGAGACGUUGAUAUGGAACCUGUUAAUGAGCAAGUGGUGCAAUCCAAAGAUGCAAAAGAAGGCAGAGAUGUUGAUAUGGAACCUGUUAAUGAGCAAGUGGUGCAAUCCAAAGAUGCAAAUGAAGGCAGAGACGUUGAUAUGGAACCCGUUAAUAAGCAAGUGGUGCAAGCCAAAGAUGCAAAUGAAGACAGAGAUGUUAAUAUGGGACCGAUUGGUCAGCAAGUGGCGCAAGCUGGAGAUGUAGAUCAGAGUACUGGGGAUGAAAUUGUACAGGUUCAGUUUCCGAGAUCCCCCAUGGGUGAAGGAGAGUCUUAUGUAGUCCCUGGCAAAGAAUUACGCCCAUCCCUCGAUUGGACCCCAGAGCUAGGUUUGACUGUGCCCAAGGUAGAUGAGACUUCUGAACCCUGUGUUCGCUUGAUACACCCUAAGAGUCCAGGUAAAAUCAAAAACAACAACGUUCGUACAGGAGAGACAUCACCGUUCAAGUUUAGUCCAUCUUCUGCUUCUUCAAAUGGUUCAGCUAGCUCAUUUCCUCCUGGGUUAUCAUUGGAUUCUUCAGAUAGGGAAAUUCUGAUUAAGCCUUCGGAUGAUCUGCUGAACAAACUGAAGACUGGCACAGCAAACAUGAACAGCGGCACUGCAGAUAAAUCCACUCUACCCUCUAGUAUUUCAAGUAUCGAUGGUGAUACGUGCAAAUCAGUUUUAGCAAGAAAAUCUCGGCCUCCGAGAGAUGGGUUACAUAGGUACAAUUCUUGUGGGUCCUCGAAGAAGAUGAGAAAAACUGAGACUGACUCAACACUCUCUGACAUGAUAGAGUCGUCCAUUAUGAAUUUGGAAGUACUUGUUAACAGGGUAAAACGGCUCAAAGGAGCAUUUGAGUAUGGGGCUGAGUUUGCAACUACAAUGAAGCCUUCAUGGAAGUUUCUAAGAACCCACGCCUCACUUGGAGACUGAGAGACUGCUUCAGACCUGUAAGUAAAUGAGAUUUUAUUGGUGAUUGUUCGUAGUGUUUUGUGUGUUAACUCCAGCAACCUACUUACAAUUUAGUCACCUGUGAUAUAUUUUAAGAUUAAUAUGAUCGACUUGUAUGAGGUGUAUUAGCCUACAGGAAAAACAUACCCUCUUCAUCUCUAUCAACAGUGACUAGAUAGUUCCAGAGCUCUUGUUAAGAGCCUGUUUUUUUGUAUAUAUCUAACUAGCGGGAAGUCAGCAUCAAAUGGACACAGUUUUUGGCGACACGGUUGAAGUUGCAGUUUUAGUUUGUUGUAGCGAAGCACAGAAGUCCAUGACUCUCUUUCAACAUGUAUGAUUUGAUCUAUACUUGGUAUAGCGAAAUUGUAAUAACUCUUUAAGUCC